AUGGGAGGUUUAGAGCAGCUUAACACUGUUGAUUUUCCUGCAGCAGGAAUCCUGUCCAAGGCUUCAUGUGACCUGUAUCGAAUCAUCCUCAUCGAAGAGCCAAAGACCUGGACAGAAGCGCAAUCCUACUGCAGAGAGAAACACACAGAUCUGGCGACGAUUCAGAGCGAUGAAGACAGAGCAAAACUGAAGGAGGCAGCAGAUGCUGUGAACUUUCAGUCUGUGGCCUGGAUCGGUUUCUACAGAGUUGCCUGGCAUUGGUCAUAUCAAAACACGCCGAUCAGCUUUGAGAAGUGGUAUUCCACUCAGCCGGACAUACCUGACACAAACGAGGCCUGUGGGACUGUAAAAACCAGCGGACCAUGGGCUGACAGAGACUGUACUGUACAAGAUGAAUUCUUUUGCCAAACUGACACACAGGACACACUUCAGAACAAGUUUAAGUUCAUUGAAAUGGAAAUGAACUGGCAUGAUGCUCAAAUUCACUGCAGAACACACUACGUAGACCUGGCCACCAUUACAAACGAUACAGAGAACACGUUCCUCGCAAACAUACUUUAUGUCGAGGGCCACACUGAUAAUUGGAUCGGCCUGUACAAGAUCCCAUUUAACCCAUGGCUAUGGUCAGAUAAUAGCAGUGUAUUGUUGUCCUCUGUGAAAUGGGAGUCUGGGCAGCCUGAUGUGAACGGAAUCAAGGAUUGUGUGAAAGCCAGUACUGAAGGACUGAUGGCUGAUGACUCCUGCUCGACUCCACUGCCUUUCUACUGCAGCGAAAACAGGAAAAAAAUACAACGUGUGAGAUUCACAAUCAAAUCAGACGGAGAUCUGGACGAAUCUGCAGUGAUGGAGGCCAUAGAGAAGAAGAUGAAGGAGAUCCUCUCGGAUCAGGACAUGGAAAUCACAUCCAGCAUAAAAUGGAGCGUCCAACCUGACGGGAAGAUCUUCCAGCAGCAGAAAACACAAGAAAACACACAAGAGACGCCAUGUGAGGAGUUAGAUCCAAUGAAACACUAGACUCUGAUACAAGCUAUAACUUGUCCAAACAUUAAUGAAUCUUUAAGCAAAAAGCAUUCAUAAUAAAUGAUAGAUGUUCAACACCAUCACAUGUAAUUAAUACAGUCAAUGCAUGGUAAAUUAUAAAAUAAUGAUGGAAUAUAAAUAUAGGCAAAAAUUUAGCUUAAAUCUAUUAAGUACAGCAAUUUUUUUUAUUUAAUCUAUGAUUGAUAUGCUGUGCAAUCGAUUAGAAGACUGAACUGACUCAGGUUAACAUGCGAGCACAGCGUUGUGCAAUUCAAUGCCGAGAUUUGCUAUUUCUAUUAAUAAAAACUUAUCACUUUUCCUCUUUUUUUCCACGACAAAUACCUAAAUAUUUUGGUAACACUUUAUGUACCUUAUUUUUUAACGUGGAAGUA